UGAGCUGCUUUCUCACGACUGUGGAUGCUGAAGCUGAUCAUGGUUCUCCUGUGGAUGAUCCUGUUGGUGGUUCUGUUCUGUGCAGAGGCCGAGAACGUGACCGAGGUCAGAGGAGAGCUGGGGACCAAUGUCACUCUAAACUGCUCCAAUCAGACAUCAGACACAUACUGGUACAUGGAGAUCCACAGUCAGUUCAGAGCAUGUAUCGGCCGCAGUUUUUCUUCAGCAGGCUCUACCUACUACUCUCCUGGUUUUGAAACCAAAUUUUCAAUCCUGGGAAACAAACUCGUGAUUAAAAACUUCACAGCAGAGGACUGCAGGCUUUACUUCUGUGGCAUCAGGAGAUAUGGCAGCAUUCAGUUUGUGGAAACUUUCCACCUCAUUUCAGAUGUAACUCCAAUGAGGGGAGCAUUGAAGAGUGACCAUGUCCUCUUCACCUCUCUGAGCCUGAACGCUGCACUCAUUCUGGUGGUAAUCUGUCUGAGUUGUGUAUCGCUGUCUCUGAAGAGGAGAAUCAGCAAGUAUCAGGCAAACCUCCCUCCAGCUGGGACCAGUGAGAGGCUGGAGACUCCACAGUAUGAGGAGAUCCAGCUCCCCCAUCGGUCUGCUGCUACUACAGAGUGCAUUUACUACAAUGUUCAGCUUCCUCGCUCCACACUGCGUCGACGCUGACGGACACACCUGGACAGGUGGAUGAUACUUGCUGCAUUCAGAACUGGUGGACAGUCAGUCUCAUCAAUGAAGACUUCCUGCUUCUCUAUUUGACGACCAUUUAAAGAAAUACCUGUAAGAUUAAUUGACCUCAGAUAUGAUCUGCUCUGCUUCUGAGCUGAGAUGAACCCAAGAACGUGACCUUUGGCCAAACCUGCUUCAAAGUGCUUUCAAAUUUGAGGUGGAUAAGCCAGAAAUCAAAACCACUGUAAAAACCUGAUCAUCUGUGAAGGACCCAUGAAUACCAAACCACAUCUACAGGUUUAAGAACAAUAGAGUAUGUUUCCAUUCAGACCAUGUUUGUUUCAGGGAAGGUCAGGUGAAGCAAAACCUCACAUUCCCACAUUUAUAUACUAGCUGCAGGACUUCACUAACCUUUAAAGAACAUGUAAUCCAUUCUUUGUGCACAUUUUUAGGUUGAUUCAUUCAUUCAUUUGUGGUUUAGGAAUUCAGAUGUUGUUAUAUAUUUCUACUCUCACCAGUGUUUUUAUAGCAACACUGCAACUGUCAGGUUUCUUUACUUUGUUCUUUUAAAUUUGUGUUUGUUUUAAUCAGAAAAUGUGGUUUGAUGUACUUCUCUGUAACAUUUAGUAUAAACACAUUAAACAUGUGAGAACACCAAUGCAGAGAAAACAAACCUGUCUGAUGUUCUUUAAAGAAGAGUUUCACAAUGUUCUGCUUCUACAGGCCUGUGUGGGCGU